AUGCCCUCCUGGGCCCUCUUGGGGGUCACCUCCUGCCUCCUCCUGGCCCCCCAACACCUGGCACAAGUCACCAGCCAAGACUCAGAGCCCCUGAGCUGUUUCUCCCGAACGUUUGAGGACCUCACUUGCUUCUGGGAUGAGGAAGAGGCAGCGCCCAACGGGACGUACCAGCUGCUGUAUGCCUACCCCGGGGAACAGCCCCGAGCUUGCCCCCUGAGGUCCCAGCACGCGUUCCCCUCCGGAACCCGAUACAUCUGCCGGUUCCCCGCCCAGGAUGAAGUACGUCUCUUCUUCCCGCUGCACCUCUGGGUGAAGAACGUGGUCCUCAACAGGACGCAGGCCAAGCGGGUGCUCUUUGUGGACCAUGUGGGACAGCCAGCUCCCCCCAGUACCAUCAAGACCCAGAGUGGAAGCCAGCCAGGGGAACUCCAGAUCAGCUGGGAGGCCCCGGCUCCCGAAAUCAGUGAUUUCCUGAGGCAUGAGCUCCGCUACGGCCCUAAGGAGGCUGGGAACAGCACAGGCUCCACAGUCCUGCAGCUGCUGUCCACAGAGACCUGCUGCCCAGCCCUGCCGAGGCCACACCCAGCCUUGGGCCCACCUCCCUGCGCUCAGGCUGAGGAGCUCCAGCACGGAGGACCAGAGUGGACCUCCCCAACAAGAGAAGUUCUGUCUCUGGCAGUCAAAGGUGGAAGGUGCCUCAUCUCCGGGCUCCAGCCUGGUAACUCCUACUGGCUCCAGCUGCGCAGCCAACCAGAUGGGGUCUCCCUCCAUGGCUCCUGGGGGUCCUGGUCCCUCCCCGUGACUGUAGACCUGCCCGGGGAUGCAGUGGAAAUCGGACUGCAGUGCUUCACUCUGGACCUGAAGAACGUCACCUGUCAAUGGCGGCAACGGGACCACGCUAGCUCCCAGGGUUUCUUCUACCACAGCAGAGCGUGGUGCUGCCCGAGAAACAGGGACCCCAUUUGGGAGAAGUGUGAAGAGGAAGAGGAAACAAAUCCUGGAUCACAACCCUCUCCACUCUCUCGCUGCCACUUCAAGUCACAAAACGACAGUAUUAUACACGUCCUUGUGGAGGUGACCACACUGCAGGGUGCUGUACAUAGCUACUUGGGCUCCCCUUUUUGGAUCCACCAAGCUGUGCUCAUCCCCACUCCCAGUUUGCACUGGAGGGAGGUAUCCAGCGGGCGGCUGAAGUUGGAGUGGCAGCACCCCACCUCCUGGGCAGCCCAAGAGACGUGCUAUCAGCUUCGAUACACAGGAGAAGGCCACCAGGACUGGAAGGUGCUGGAGCCGCCUCUCGGGGCCCUGGGCGAGACCCUGGAGCUGCGUCCCCGCUCGCGCUACCGGCUACAGCUGCGCGCCAGACUGCAAGGCUCCACCUACCGAGGCCCCUGGAGCUCCUGGUCCGACCCAGUGCGGGUGGAGACGGCCUCCGAGACGGCCUGGAUUUCUUUGGUGACGGCUCUGCUCCUGGUGCUGGGCCUCAGCGCCUUCCUGGGCCUGCUGCUCCUGAGGUGGCAGUUUCCUGCGCACUACAGGAGCCUGAGGCAUGCCCUGUGGCCCUCACUUCCAGAUCUGCACCGGGUCCUGGGCCAGUACCUUAGGGAUACUGCAGCCCUGAGCGUGCCCAAGGCUACCGUCUCAGAUGCCUAUGAGGAAGUGGAACCCAGCCUCCUUGAAAUUCUACCUAAGUCGUCAGAGAAGACCCCCUUGCCUCUGUGUUCUUCUUCUCAGGCCCAGAUGGAUUACCGAGGAUUGCAGCCUUCUUGCCUGGGGCCCAUGCCCCUGACUGUGUGCUCACUCACGACCGAGUCAGGGUCUUACUGCACCACGCACAUCGCCAACCACUCCUACUUACCACUCAGCUGCUGGCAGGUCCCCCAUUCCCCAUACCCUGGACAGAUCUAA